UCUCUAUUUACCUGUCAUUGACUGGAGCGCUGGCGGAGGCUGGGGGCCACAGCUGCUGCUGCUACCUCUCACAGCUGUUUGUCUCCUCUCACCGCUGCUGAGGCUGCUGCCUCUCGCAGCUGCUCUACAACACCUCCACCAUCGCAUUAUCCCUCCACAUCGCUCCGUCGCAAGGAAAUAUACAUCCGCUUGAAGUGUUCUUUCCCCGGAAAGAUCUGCCGAGGUAUGGGUACUGGGCUGUAACAGAGAGAAGACCAGUGUCAAGAUAUUAAGGAUGCCGAGCACAGCAAGAACAACAGUAACGCGCCUGGGGUUAGUGUUGGCUGCCUUGCUAAUGCUUCCCCGGGUACUGCCUCACACACUGACGAGGCGAGGAGAGCCCUCCCAGGCCACCUACAAGAGAAAUUUUACAAUGCCUGGAGUUAGCCCAAAAGUGCAUGAUUCUUACUUGUGUACAGCAGUAGCGCUGGAUGAGAACGUUGAGGAAUGGGUUGUCAAGUUCGACCCUUUGGCUUCAGCUAACAGAGCACACCACAUGUUGUUAUUUGGUUGUUCUGACGUGGAUAAAAAUAAUAUGAAGAAUAGAUAUUGGGACUGUGGUCAUCAUGGUGUAUGUAUGGGUGGAAGAAUAAUGUAUGCCUGGGCUAAGAAUGCUCCAGCCACAGUUCUUCCAGAAGGUGUGGGAUUCCGCAUUGGUGGGAAAACAGGAAUACGGUAUCUCACACUCCAGAUCCAUUAUGGAAGCCCUCUGCCAGACGGAGUAGCUGACCAUUCCGGCCUAGAGAUGGAACUUACACAUCAACAACAAAAGUACAAAGCUGGGAUAUACCUACUAGCAGCAGGUGGUGUAGACAUCCCUCCAUACACUGAAAAAACGCAUGCUGAUUUGAAUUGCGCAAUUGGAAACACAGGCGAGCCUUCAGACAUAUAUUUAUUCGCUUACCGUGUUCAUGCGCAUGUCCUGGGCACAGUCAUAUCUGGAUAUUUGUUUGAUUCAGAGAAAAAAGACUAUACUGAGAUAGCCAAAGGUAACCCUCAUUGGCCACAGGCAUUCUACCCCAUGACUCGGAUACAUCAGGUUAAACCCAGUGAUAUUCUCCAUGCGCGUUGCACCUGGAAUUCUACUGCUCGAAACAGGCAUACUUAUAUAGGCAGCACUGCUGAGGACGAGAUGUGUAAUCUUUACUUGAUGUAUUACACUGACCGAGACAAGGGAUCCGAGACGGGCGGUUGUAUGUUUGAAACCUUUCCUGUAAUUACUCACAACCUGCCUCCGGAUAGUGAUGUGCCUUUACCUCCAAAUCCCCUGCUGGAGGAGCAUGCAAAGGGAGAGAAUAGAGACAAAGAAAAAUCAUUCACAUAUAGCAGUAUUCACGAUCCUAUUAUUUUGGACAAGAAGGCAUUUUCUCGGAAAGAUCCUCAACCAGGUAUUGAUUACACAAAUUAUGAUGACAUUGACUACGGCUUCCAUCAUCGUCUGAGACAGCCAAACAGAGGCUUGGGUUCACAGGUUGUUGGUGGAGGGUACCGAGAUAACAGAUACCCGCAGAAGCCUUCUACCUUUAGUUACUAUGAAGAUGGUAGCUUGCCUCAGUCUCCACAAGUGUCUCAAGGUCGUCAGAUGAACCACGACACCCAGAAGCCAGUGUUGAGUGAAGCGCCAAGGAAGGAAAAGCAGUUGAAAACUUCAGUAUAUCAUUUAAUUGAAAAUUGGGGUCAGAAGGAGGUCAAAUAUGGACAAGUAGUUGCAGUUGCCAUCGACUCCCAUGGUGAUGUGCUUGUUUUCCAUCGAGGCGAGCGAUCAUGGGACGGCUCGACCUUCGUUGGUGAUAAACUACGGGACACAAAGAAUGCCAUUGCUCAAGCAACACUAUUACAUCUGAACAAGAACAAUGGUCAGAUAUUGCAUGAGUGGGGAGAAAAAUAUUUCUUUAUGCCACAUGGUCUGACUGUGGACAAGGAUGAUAACAUCUGGGUAACAGAUGUUGGUCUUCAUCAAGUUCUCAAGUUCCCUGCAGGAUAUGGCCAAGGACAACCAAUCCUUACACUUGGCACAAGAUUUGAGCCAGGAAAUGAUGAUACUCACUUCUGUAAGCCAACAGGAGUAGCUGUCAUGAAAAAUGGAGAAUUCUUUGUUUCUGAUGGCUAUUGCAAUUCUAGAGUCAUCAAGUAUUCUGCCGAUGGCAAAAUUCUCUUCCAGUUUGGAAAAGCUAGCAAUAAUCUUGGAGGCUUCAUGAUUGGCACACCUGCUCCAGGAACAUUCAGUAUUCCUCAUGCACUUGCACUUGCCGAAGACCAAGGAGAGGUGUGUGUGGCUGACCGAGAAAAUGGAAGAGUACAGUGCUUUACUGUUUCACAGGGAAAAUUCAGGAGAGUAUUUCAGUAUGAUGACUGGGGAGGUCGUCUAUUUUCAGUCGCUUAUACCCCUGCAUUUGGUGGAAAACUGUUUGCUGUCAAUGGUCCACAAAUGCUAGGCAUUUCUUUGAAGCUAUCAGCGUUUGAAGUAGAUUAUACCUCGGCUAAACUUAAAAGUUCAUUUAGCCCUAACAAUCAGGGUUUCAGUAAUCCACAUGAUAUUGCUGUGUCUGAUGAUGGAUAUGAUGUUUAUAUUGUGGAAAUUGGCCCAAACAAGCUGUGGAAGUUUGAGUUAGACUCUGCUAUGAAGGUCCACAGCAAAACUGUGAAUGCGUCAGUAUCUCCCAGUACGGUAAUGAAGAUUGAUGAUCUUUUUAAAGGAACAGCUAAAGCAGUGAAAAUACCAGUUGUGUUUAGUAGCAAAUGGUCUUCUGCAGGAGUGUCGACAGUAAUAUUGGGACUUUUGGCUGUCCCAAUAAUAGUUCUUACUGCGUUCGCCCUCAUCAUACGUGCUCGAAGAAAUGGUCGCUUCCGAAUGCGAAAUAUGCAUAAUGGAUCGCUAAGUGCAUCAAUACGUGGAUGCUCGGGAAAACAUGAAAAUGGUUUAGGGUUCCGCUCCCUGCUUAACAAAAACCACGGAUUUGAGAAAGUUGCAACUGAAGAUUUAGAUCAUGAUGCACCAGAUUCAGGUGAUUCCGACAUUGAAGAAUUUUCUCAAGUUGCAACUAAAGCGUGAAGUUUUAUGUUUUUUAAUUAAUAUCAGAAAAUAAUGGUGUAUGAAAAAGUAUGCUAUUAGUAUGUUUGUGAAAUUUUAUUUUAGAAUAACUUUUUAUGUCAACACAAUUAGACCCCCUGUUCUUCAGAUAGUCUUUUCUAGUUUUAUUAACUUCCAAAAACUUGUCACACAUAAAUAUACACAGUAUAUUUAUAUGUAUAUUCUCAAAAGCUAAAUUACUUUUCCAUUCUGAUAGGUUUUAAAAAUUAUGAAAUCUCCAAAAAUUUCUAAACUCCAUAGCCGAAUUCUUGUAAAUAACAAAUGAAAUCCACCUACCAGAUUGCCUCUCCAAAAUUCAGAUUUGUUUUUGAAAAAUCCGAAUUGUGGAGGAUGUGAAUAAAUACAGAUCAUCAUGUGGCGUAAUUUCCAGAUGACCAAUUUUUUUAUUUUUGCUAUUCUUGCUUUUUUAUAGUAAAUUUUUUUUAGAAUCCAUUUUAAUUUUAGAAAUAUUUUACGGUACUGUGUGACAUUUUGUGACAUACAGAUGUAUUGUGAGUGCACCAGUACUGACCAUAAACAAUGUUCCCUUGAAAAUCUGUAUCUCUCUAUAAUGGAUCCCUCUAAACCCCAGGAUAGAUCCACCCACUGGAUUUUUCCCUUCAAAAUUUGGAUUUCUUGAGAAAAAUCCAGAUACGAAGGGGAAUGUGGUGAAUUCCAGAUUGUUGGUUCAUCACAUGAAUUAGUUUCCAUCAAAUUGUGUUUUGUUUUUCCUAUAUUUGCUAAUCAUUGUUUUACAUACAGUAUAUAAAUAUUAUUUGAAAUACCGUAAUGCAUUUAUAUUUUUAAAAUAUUUGACCGAGCUUGCUCUACUAUAAAUUGUACAAACGAGUUUAUUUAACGUUGUUUUUGAGAUAUCCAGACCUAUUGUGAGAGCACAUAUACUGAUCGUGUGUGUUUUUCUUGUGUGGAAGUAUAGUCUGACCUCGUGUUACUCGACCAUUUUAACUUGGUUUUCUUGUAAUAUCUCAUUAUUUGCUAUGUUAUAACAAUGUAACUAUGAUGUAGCUUUGCUAUCCCUCAAGAGUAAUAAGGAUACACCAGCUAAAGGUAAGAGAAACUGCCUUAAUAUGGAUAAGAAGGCAAAGUUAUUAGAGAAAUUUGAUAGAAAAAAGGUAGGGAAGAGACUGGUAAGAGGAUGAUGUAGUUUGUGCAUAGUACAGUAUAGUAUUAACAGUCUGUAGCUGAAAGAAUGGCACUAAUUAUUUGCCUGAUUUACAUGAGGGCCAUUUUCACUAGUGGCCUCAACGAGGACAGGAAGCUUUCGGUUUGUCAAAGAUCCUUCCCCAUUUGCCUUGAUCCUAUCCAGGUGACCUUUAAAACCUAAAAGUUUUGACAUUUGCAGCUUCGGUGGGUAGGUAGUUCCUUGGGUUUAUAACUCUGUUAGUGAAAAAGCUUCUCUUGUUCUCAGUCCUACAUUGUGGCUUGUUGAGUUUGAAAUCAUUGCUCCUUGUUUGUGCUACACCUGAUCUUUUGAAAAAAGUCUCCAGAUCAGCAUCCUCCAAAUUGUUCAGUAUUUUAAGUUUCAAUAAGAUCUGCCCUGUCAAGCCUAGUUUGCAAUGUUAGCCCUGUGGGCCUCAACCGUUCCUGAUACAAGAGUUGACUUGGCUCUGGAAUGAAUUGUUGCCUGGUGUUGAACUUUCUCAUUUAUAUCAUGAAAGUUCACCCUGAACCUUCAUGGCUGGUUCAGGGUGGCUGGGAAAGUGUAAGUAAUGGCAUAAAAUUAAAAUUAUUACAGUACUAUACUAAAUUUUGCUGCCUCAGGUCACCAAGAGCAGUCUCUAGCACAAAGAGGAAAGUAAACAUCAAUAUUUAUUCAUUUGUGGAUCCUGAUUAAUAUUUAUUUUGCAUCAAAAUCUUUGUUUAUAUAUUGUCUAAAUAUGUAGAAAAAUGUCAUUUGCUAUAAGAAAAAUCAAGAACAUUUUGGGGAUGUUAAUUAAAAUAUUGAACAGUUGUUCAGAAAUCUGGAUUACUGUAUAGUAUUUGCAAACUUGGAUCAAGGCUGGAGUAGUAUGAUCUGGAUUUUGGAGGGUCCACUGUAGUUAGCACUAGUAAAUAAUGCUUUGAAAUUAAUUAGCACCUGAAAUUUAAAAGUAAUUGUUCUUGGUUUAAUGCAGAUAAUUGCCACCGGGGGAUCAGCAGCAGGAAUUCCACUUUGAAGGAUUUAAUGUCAUUGUGUAAUAGGGAUGUGUGUCCUCACAGUAUAGAGUCUAGGCAACGAUCCUGUAGCACAGUGGUCACCAUUCAAUUCACAUCUGGAAGGCCCCGUGUUCAAUUUCUAAUUGAACCUAGCUGUAAAUUAAACCUAAAAAAUAUGCACUGAAGAGUUAAGCAACUGUUGUGGGUUACAGCCCGAGGUAGGUCAGACAUUGGCCUAGAGGGAUCUUGAUAAGCAUAACAGGCUUCCUGUCCCCAACAAUGAGAAAGAACUAGUUGGCUUCUUCAGUCCGGUAGGUAAAACUCAUUUAUUGAGCUAUAAAACCAUUAUGAUUUAAAGUCUUUGGUUUAUCAUUAUUGAUGGUUGAGCAUUUAUUGAAGUCAAAUGGAAUGUUCUUGAUACAGACAGUCAAAUUUGGUAAAGUACAUUUUGUUUAUGAAAUGACUGACUUGACCGAAGUCUAAUAUUCAGGGCCUUAAAAUCUCAAGGACAGUACUUUUGCCAAUUGGCCAAUUAGUCCACAAUGUAAAGCAACAUGAUUGAUAAGUAUAUUAUUAAUUUAUUUUAACACUAGUGAAUGCAGUAUAUAAUUGCAAUAGCACACCUUCAAUAUCUUUCUUACUGAUCAUCACCUCUGGAGUUUCAAUGAUUAUUACGUCACUAAACACAUGGAUAUUGGGCAAAGGCAGAAGCCAUUUGGUUAUACCAGGAAGCAAGAGAAUGUACAAAGGAUUAGCUUUGAAAUGAGCAAGAGGAAUAGAUAGAAAUGAGCAAAAAAUAACAUUGAAAUCUGAUAAGGAAGAAUUGGUUUAGAUAAACCUAAGUCUACAAAGAAUUAAUGAGAGUCUGAAGGUGUUUGUUGUAUGAUUAUUGAAUUAUUAAUAGUGAAGAAGUUAAAUCAUCCAUGGUAAUAAGGAUAGUUUUCUCAUGAACAUGCUGUCAGAGCUUGAUAAAAUGACUAAACAAAAUGAAAAUGACAUUUCUUCAUCAGAAGAUGAAGAAAUGACAUUUUGGUCUGUCCUGGACCAUUAUCAAGUCGAGUGCUAGGAUGGUCCAGGACGGACCGAAACAUUGUCGUUUCUUAAUUUUUUGAUGUGUGAUUUAGUCAUCACAUCUUCAGCCAUGGUAUUGUGACUCUUCUGCAGAGCUUGAUAAUUUAGAUUGCAGUAACCCAAAUGUCCUAGUAAUCUGAAUGAACUGGUGCUAAAGUUUUGACCUUUUAACUUGAAUAGGAAUUAAAAUGAUUGAGAAUUCAGCCAAACAAAAACCCCAUUAAAUUUGAGCUUGACUUCUUGACCUCUCAUCUCUAAUAAAAUUUUGAGUUACUGAGAUUUCUGCCAAAUGAAAACCUGAAUAAAGUUUUUAUUAAUUUUUGGACAUUACUGGUAACAAAUUCGGGCGACUUGAACGUCCGUCUAAUUCAAAUUGGGGUGUGCUCCUUAUAAUUCAGAUUAUCAAGCGUGGACAGUGUUUCCAUUGAUGGCUGUGGUUUAUGGCAGUUAUAGCCACCACAAUUACCAUAUUUUCUGCCAUAUAAAAAGCAUCUAGUUUAAAAGAAUGUUUUUGGGGAGGGGGAAAAAAUUUAUUAUACAUUUAUUGGCAGAAUAUCAGGAAGUUUUGUAAGGAAGUCAUAUGAUUUUGUGAAUGUAGAUAAAAUAUAGAUUGGGUUGGAGGUGGAUAAUAAAAAAAAAAAAGUCUCGUCUGCAGUUUGGCAAAUAAAAUUUCAUCUUGGUGAGUGCAUGUAGUUUUUGUAUCUUGAACUCUGAGGAGGAGGAGGAGGUAAAUUCAUACAGAUCUGUGUCAGACAUUUCUGUGAUGAAUUCUUUCCUGUACAAUUAUUUAACAAAACUAAUUUUUGUGCUGGUUUAGUUAAUUCACAAUAAUAAAGUACUGUAGUUUCAACUGCAAAUAAGGAAAGAUUGGUUAGUGGAGGUAAGUGGAGAAAAUAUAUAUCAUUGCAUUAAGUGGGAAGUGCCUCUAGGUGCCAGAAUGCUUGUUUUGCUUACCUAACUGAAGGAUAGACAGGAUGUGAUAAAGAAUCCUCGGAGCAGCAAGAGAGUGUGCAUUCUACAAAAGGAUUUAACAUUUUCUAUAAUUUUGCAUUUGGGAAGCAGAAUAUUUUUACUGAAAACAUAUUAAAUAAAGGAUACAAUCUACAUCAGUACAAAUUACCAUAAUAUAAAUUACUAUUUGUUAUUCUGUCAUUUCAUACUGUAUGUAACUGGCAUGUGAAUACAGUGCUUUGUUCCAUAAGCAUAGCUUGCUAUAUCUUAUAUAUAUUAUAUUAUAUACUUUUGUUUCAAGUAUAAUAGCAAACAUUCCAGUGUUGUCUUUCACAUAAAUUAAUUUUAAAUCUAA